AUGAAAGACACUCCUUUGUCUUCCUCCACCACCUGGCCCUUCCCUGGUGUAUUUUCCUCCUUCCCCCAGCCAACCUCCACUGGACGCUCAGGUAGACUGAAGUUACAGCAGAAGGCUCUGCAGCAACCUAAGCAGAAGAAAUCCAAGUCGGCUGAAUUUCUGAUGGGGAAAGAAGAGACAGCUGCAGUGGUUGGCAUAGAAAAUCCACCCUUCAAUGGAGGAAGAAAUGCCAAGCUUUCUGUUCCUCCGGUUUGGCUGGGGAAAGAAAUUCGAGGUGACAGGCCAGAUAGCACCCUUGCAGCUCACCAAAAAAAAAUGGAGCUGCAAGCCCCUGCCAAAGAAAGAGAGGCCCUUGGUCUCUGCAUUCCAAAGGAAGCGUGUCCUAACAAGCAGCCCUCAUAUAACUUCUCUUCUCUGCCGAAGAAUGCUACAAUAUUAUUAAAUGCAGAUGAAAGCAGACUCGAUCAAAGAAUGGCUGCAUUGCCGGAUGAGGAUGAUACCUUCAUAGACAUAGCUGGUACGCUGCAAGCCUCCAGGGAUGAGGAGGUGUUGGAGGUGAAGACGGAUGAUCUGGUGUUUCAGCGGCAACUGCUGCUCCAUGGUGGUGGACAUGCCUCAGGCUCCAGGCCCUCACAGGCCCAUACCAUUGCCAAAUACCAGGAUGAGGCUAGUGCUGGGCUUGGAGGAAAAGAUGGACUCAAAGCAGGGAGGAUAGUAAUGGGAAGAGAGAGCACUGUAAAAACGAGGAUAGCUGAAGAGGUGAUCCCCCACUACACCCAGCAGCUGAGGGAGCGUGUGCAGUCUGACAUCACGCUUGGCGGCCUUUCACUGCAGCAGGAGCCCCAUUCACAAAGAGACUCUGACGAAGCAGAAGGAGAAGCACCACAACCCAGGCUGAACACAGUGCUGCAGUGCACCUGUACCAUCGACAGCCAGUCACUCAGAGCGCUGGGGGAAAACAAAGAGGAUGCGAUGGCCAAAUUCAACCAGAUGACAGAGCUCCAAGAAUCCUCCUCUUCAGCAUCACAGUCCAUGUGGCAGGUGAACCAGAGCACAAUUCCCCAGCCUGUUGAGGUGUGUGUGUGCAGCCUAAGAGGCACCAGAGACAAACUUCCCAGGGGUCUCUAUGCUAUCAGUGUGGACCUUAACAGCCGUCUAGGGGGUUCAGCCCUAGGUUGGUGCACUAAAAAAGAGCAGAAACAAUGGACUGUGUCCACUGAGCCGAUCGAGUAUCAGGGCAGCUUCUACGACACUGACCUGCACAUUAACCAAAACCUGUUCAUGAUCUUACCUGCAGCCUGUGAGGUUGUCCCCUCCAUGGUCCUGGUAUUUCAACUCAUCGCACUACAAGGAGACAGCAGCCACAUCAGCUCUGUACUGGCUUGGGGGGCAUUUCCUGUUUGUGGCCCAAGCCUCUCUCUGAUCCAGGGCAGGUUUAAAACCCCUCUCCUCAGGGGGGGGCCCAACGCACAACUGGACCAGUUUAAAAAAAUUGAAUGCUUCAUCUCCUCUGAUCUAGACCACUGGCUGUGCAACAUGUACUUUCAGGUAAAGAGGCUCCCGCCUGGAACCUCUAAGGGACGAGAGUGUGGCAUCAGUGUAUCGAUACCCCCUGUCAUGCCCCAACCUGAGGUCCAUCAUGACCAACCCCAACACCAACUGCCACUCCAGCCCCGGCCCCCAUCACAGUCCCAGAUCUGUCCUCAGCCCAUUCUUCCCCAGCCCCAGUUAUACCCCCAACAGCAGCCACAUGCGGGCCUACGCAGCAGAGCAGGAGAGCCUGCUAUGGUACAUUCUCACUGGGGGUCCCCUCUCCACCUGUCAGCUGAUUCUGCUUGCGCUUCCUCAUUUCUGACAGGUAGGGUCUACCCCAUUUCUGGAAAGACAGGAGAGAAGGAUGACCCACAGACGGUGAAAGCAGAGGGUGGGAUUCACUACAAGAAGAAGCCAAUCAAGAAGACAAAUAGCUGCGGCCCCAGCAUGAGCAGCAGCAGCACACCACCUCGGCAGGCAGACAAACAGAAGAUGCAGUCUUCAAUAGAGAACCUUUCCACGGAGGAGCUGGAGGAGUAUACAUUCUCCCUACAAUCAACACUGACAGUACCUCGUUCCUGCCCCUCACGUCUGUCCAACCGAGCAUGCCUGGCCUUCCACAUGUUGCCGUCCGACCUUGGCCUGCUGUUGCUGGGGCAACAACAACAGCCACAUACUAGCUGCUGUGGCUCUGUUCAGCAGCUCGGCCUCAUUAUGCUGCUGAUGGCUUUGAUGUGGUUUGUGAGGCUCUACCUGCAUUACUGCAGCCAGUGGCUCUUCCUCCAGGCCAUAGCAGUUCCUGUCAACAAGUUCCAGUUCCACACACACACGGUGGAGCUUGUAUACCAGAGUUCCUUGCUCCACAUCUGGGAGGAACUGGCGAUGCUGGUGGUGGGUCCCCUGACCUUGAACGCAUUAAUGUUCUUGCUGGUUCUGAUCAGAUGGGGCUGUCAACAGACAUUUGGUUCACUCCCUUCCUUCAUGUCAAAGUUUAUCAUGGCUCAGGGAGUGUGGACAGUCCUCGACCCUCUGGCAGUCUUUGCAGUGGACGCCGUCCUUGGGCGUCUCACCUACAGCCCCGACACGCCAGUGGGUGAUGCAGCCAAGCUUUACUGGCACUUCUUUCAAGCUGACCAAUCCGGUGCAGUGGGGUUGCUUAUCACUCUCUUCCUCUACACAGUCCUUUUCCUGCUCUCCAUCACCAUCCUCUCCAUUUACCUGCUCAGAUUCCACAAUGAUGGUCACAUAUUGGACGUCUUUCAGCGGCUGACAGCCAAGGAAGGGACAUACUUCCUGCCUCAAGACCUGGAGCUGUCCAAUCAGGAACUGAGCUACAUUGUCAAGAAGGCAGAGCAGUGGAGAGGCUUCAAUGGGGAGAGGCGUAAGGUGGCAGUCUAUGACUAUAUCAGGACAGCAGCCAGUGAUUACCCCUUGAGGGAUGGUGCACCCCUUCCAGUGGACGAGACCAGCACACAUGUGGUAGUCUACACCCUGUACCUGAGUGGGCUGACACAAAGACACAGACACUUCCUCCGACAAUUGGAUGGGGCAAUAAUUGAGGUGACUGGUGACAUGGAGGGGGUGCACAAUGCUUCCAGGAUGGUUCCCUGUCCAGGUCAGGGCUCUGCCAAUCAGAGGGAGGACAAGGAAGGUGCAAUUGGUCCAUGCCAGUUACGGAAACGGAAGAAAAUAUUUGGCUGGUCCCAUCGUGUUGGGCCAGUAGGAGGAAGCUGGUGUGGCUCCAGUUUUGCACUGCAAGACCUCAACAAAUAA